GUUUUUGCAAAAGAAUAUCGAAGUCUACACAUCUCCUCUGCUUCUGCACCAGAAACUCCUUUUUUUUUUUAGUCAAAAACGAGAGAGGCGAUGGCUAGUUUAAGCUGGUCGGAGAUCCAGCUGUGAAGUCUCACUAGACUAAACUUUGGUCAAAAACCGAAGGCGGCGACGGUUCCCUCUGACCGGAGGCCGGAGUCAUCUGCAUCCUCAAUCUGCUUUACAACAUGACAACAUCAUUUCGGCAAUCCAUCUUUUUCUCAGCUUGUGUCGCCUUGUGCAGUUGUGCCAGCCAAAAUCGAUGAUUUCUUCCCUGCCGUCGUGCUCGUUCCCUUGCAAGUGACGCUCGCCAAUGGAGGCAGUGAAGCGCGUAGGCGCGCUGCCCCGGCGUCGCGAGGCAGCGCUUCACAGCUUCGUCCUAGUCCUGCUUGUGCUUGGUGGCGCAUUCGCCGCCUUCGCCGGAGACACCAUCGUCCCCGGCGAGGGGAUCUCCGGGAACCAGACGCUGGUCUCCAAGAACGGUGAGUUCGAGCUGGGCUUCUUCUCCCCCGGCGCCGGCAUCCACCGCUUCCUGGGCGUUCGGUUCAAGAAGAUGCCGACCACCAGCCCCACGUUUUGGGUCGGCAACAGGCUCCCAAUCACCGACCUCUCCGGCGCGGCGCUCGAGGUCUUCGGCGGCAGCCUGUGCAUCAUGGAGGCCGGGGCUAGCCUCUGGUGUUCGAGCGUGGCAGGGGACGGCCCCCCGCCGGCCGCCGCCGCCGCGGUGCUCCUUGACAAUGGCAACCUGGUGGUGACGGAUCAAGCCAACUCCUCCAGGAUCCUGUGGCAGAGCUUCGAUAGCCCUGGCGACUCGCUGCUACCCGGCGCGAGGCUCGGGUUCGACCGGGACACCGGGAGCAACGUCUCCAUGACGUACAUGAAUUACCCGCACAAUGGCAGCAUCAGCGUCGACCGGAGCAGGAGGAACGGGUUCGUGCUCACCACCGACGGGCAUGACAGUCUUGGGACCUUCCCUGAUUGGAUGGUGACAUCUCAAGACAACGGCAGCUCGCUGAUUCUGAACCAUCCUGAAAGCCCAAAUGUGACCGAGUUCUUGCAGUUCCAUCUGGGGCAAGUCAGCUUAAUGCGGUGGUCAGAGGAUUCUGCAGUAGCAAACAACAGUGGUUGGGUGGCUCGUUGGACCUUCCCUUCAGAUUGCAAAUCAAGCGGCUUCUUCUGUGGUGAUUUUGGUGCUUGCAAGAGCAAUGGCAAAUGCGAUUGCCUCCAUGGAUUUGAGCCUUCAUACCCAGCUGAGUGGGGGCUUGGAUACUUUGUCACUGGUUGCUCAAGAUCUCUUCCACUAAGCUGUGAGACAAAUGGUCAGACUGAACAUGAUGACUCAUUUAUCCUGAUAGACAGGCUGCAGGGGCUCCCUUAUAACCCUCAAAAAUUUUCAGCAGAAAGUGAUGAAGAUUGUAAACAGGCCUGCUUCAGCAAAUGCUACUGUGUUGCAUACGUGUAUGACUCCGGAUGCAAGCUAUGGUACCUUGACCUGUACAACCUGAGUUUUGCUUCUAGACCUCCAUAUAGCAAGAUUUAUGUUCGUUGGGGUUCCAAACUCCGGGGCAAAAAUGGUUUACACAAAGGAGUGAUUAUAUUGUUGGUGGCCGGGUUCAUAGGACUGAGUUCUGUGAUAUUGGUACUGGUGCUUCUACGGAGAUACAGGAGGGAUUUAUUUACUUGCAGAAAGUUUGAAGUAGAUGGUUCUCUUGUUUACUACUCUUAUGGGCAAAUCAAGAAAGCUACAAGGAAUUUCUCUGAUAAACUUGGCGAGGGAGGUUUCGGUAGUGUUUUCAGGGGAACAAUGCCAGGACCAGGAUCAACUGCUGUUGCUGUGAAGAGUCUCAAAGGCCUUGGGCACGCAGACAAGCAAUUCAGAGCAGAAGUGCAGACAGUCGGAGUGAUCAAACACACUAACCUUGUCCGUCUACUGGGAUUUUGUGUUAAAGGGGAUUUGAGGUUGCUAGUCUAUGAGUAUAUGCCUAAUGGUUCUUUGGACACACAGCUCUUUUCGGAAAGAUCUAGUCUUCUGAAUUGGGAUCUUCGCUACCAAAUCGCGCUAGGUAUUGCAAAGGGCCUGGCCUAUCUUCAUGAAGAAUGUGAGGACUUCAUCAUACAUUGUGAUAUCAAGCCAGAAAACAUACUACUUGAUGAGGAAUUCUGCGCUAAAAUCUCAGACUUUGGCAUGGCAAAGCUUCUUGGACGUGAAUUCAACUCUGCAUUGACCACCAUCCGAGGAACCAUGGGAUAUCUCGCGCCAGAGUGGAUAUCUGGACAGCCUAUAACUAAAAAGGCAGAUGUAUAUAGCUUCGGCAUCGUUCUUCUCGAAAUAGUCUCGGGGAGAAGGACUACAAAGAGACUGAAAUCCGGAAGUCAUCGGUAUUUCCCUCUUUAUGCAGCCGCUCAAGUGAAUGAAGGGAAUGUGCUGUGCUUGCUGGACAGUAGGCUGGAAGGAAAUGCUAAUGUCAAGGAGCUUGACAUCGCCUGCAGAGUUGCCUGUUGGUGCAUCCAGGACGCGGAGAACGACAGGCCAUCAAUGGGACAAGUUGUUCACAUGUUGGAAGGCGUUGUGAACACUGAAAUCCCUCCAAUUCCAUCUUCGUUUCAGAACCUGAUGGAGGGUGAGAACAACAGUAUAUAUUCUGACGAAGGAUAAAGUCUUAGUUAGAGUGGGGAAAUUUGUUAGGAUGACAACCCACAUGCUCAACGCUCCAUGGUGGCCGUUAUAGAGUAGUAAAAGUUUUUCUGUUACUAGACAAAGACAAUUGCACUAAUUACUCUAUUGACCUGCUGGAUAAUGGUGGCAUAUCCAUCAAGAUCAUUAUGAAUAAGUUUGUAGGGGAUUGUAUUUGACUAUUUGUCUAUACUAGGAAAUGCAAUGGAAAGUUGAAAAAAUUUGUCC